GCGGCCCUGAGAGCGGCGCUCUGAGUCUGAGGCGGCUCCGGCUGAGGCGGUAGCGACCCGCUUCCCGCUCCCCGCUCCCCGCUCCCCGCUCCCCGCUCCUCCUCCGGGCCGGCCAGCCCAGCCGCUCUCUGGGGCACGAAGAUGCCAGCUGUGUCGAAGGGGGACGGGAUGCGGGGUCUGGCGGUCUUCAUCUCCGACAUCCGCAACUGCAAAAGUAAAGAAGCAGAAAUAAAGAGAAUAAACAAAGAACUGGCAAACAUUAGAUCAAAAUUUAAAGGUGACAAGGCUCUUGAUGGCUAUAGUAAAAAAAAAUACGUCUGCAAGUUGCUCUUCAUCUUUCUCCUGGGUCAUGACAUUGACUUUGGGCACAUGGAGGCCGUGAACCUGCUGAGCUCCAACAGAUACACAGAGAAGCAGAUCGGCUACCUCUUCAUCUCUGUGCUGGUGAACUCCAACAGUGAGCUGAUCCGACUCAUCAACAACGCCAUCAAGAACGACCUGGCCAGUCGGAACCCCACCUUCAUGGGUCUUGCCCUGCAUUGCAUUGCAAAUGUGGGCAGCCGCGAGAUGGCCGAGGCCUUCGCCGGGGAGAUUCCAAAAAUCCUCGUAGCUGGAGACACCAUGGACAGUGUGAAGCAGAGCGCCGCCCUGUGUUUGCUGCGUUUGUACAGAACGUCUCCUGAUCUUGUCCCCAUGGGUGACUGGACGUCCCGAGUGGUGCACCUUCUCAACGACCAGCAUUUGGGUGUGGUGACCGCCGCCACCAGCCUCAUCACCACCUUGGCACAGAAGAACCCUGAGGAGUUCAAGACCUCCGUCUCUCUGGCUGUCUCCAGAUUAAGCAGGAUUGUGACGUCUGCGUCCACAGACCUUCAGGAUUAUACCUACUAUUUUGUCCCGGCUCCCUGGCUGUCUGUAAAACUUCUGAGGCUGCUACAGUGCUACCCACCCCCAGAAGACCCUGCAGUGCGAGGUCGCCUGACCGAGUGCCUGGAGACCAUUCUGAACAAAGCCCAGGAACCACCAAAGUCAAAAAAAGUGCAGCAUUCCAACGCCAAGAACGCCGUGCUCUUUGAGGCAAUCAGCCUGAUCAUUCACCACGAUAGUGAGCCAAACCUCCUCGUCCGCGCCUGUAACCAGCUGGGCCAGUUCCUGCAGCACCGGGAGACCAACCUGCGCUAUCUGGCCCUGGAGAGCAUGUGCACACUGGCCAGCUCCGAGUUCUCCCAUGAGGCGGUCAAGACGCACAUCGAGACAGUCAUCAACGCUCUGAAGACGGAGCGGGACGUGAGCGUGCGGCAGCGGGCCGUGGACCUCCUCUAUGCCAUGUGUGACCGCAGCAACGCCCAGCAGAUUGUGGCCGAGAUGCUGAGCUACCUGGAGACGGCUGACUACUCCAUCCGAGAAGAGAUUGUGCUGAAGGUCGCCAUCUUGGCGGAAAAGUAUGCUGUGGACUACACGUGGUACGUGGACACCAUCCUGAACCUGAUCCGGAUUGCCGGUGACUAUGUGAGCGAAGAGGUGUGGUACCGUGUCAUUCAGAUUGUCAUCAACCGGGACGACGUGCAGGGCUAUGCUGCCAAGACGGUGUUCGAGGCUCUUCAGGCCCCGGCGUGCCAUGAGAACCUGGUCAAAGUGGGUGGCUACAUCCUGGGGGAGUUUGGAAACUUGAUAGCCGGGGACCCGAGAUCCAGCCCCCUGAUCCAGUUCAACCUGUUGCACUCCAAGUUCCAUCUGUGCAGCGUCCCCACCAGGGCGCUGCUCUUGUCCACCUACAUCAAGUUUGUGAACCUCUUUCCGGAGGUGAAGACCACCAUUCAGGACGUGCUGCGCAGUGACAGCCAGCUGAAGAAUGCGGACGUGGAGCUGCAGCAGCGGGCCGUGGAGUACCUGAGGCUCAGCACGGUGGCCAGCACUGACAUCCUGGCAACUGUCCUGGAGGAGAUGCCGCCGUUUCCAGAGCGUGAGUCUUCCAUCCUGGCCAAGCUCAAGAAGAAGAAGGGCCCAAAUACAGUGACAGACCUGGAGGAGGCCAAGCGAGAGAGGAGCGCCGAUGUCAACGGGGGCCCUGAGCCUGCCCCGGCCAGCGCCGCGUCCACGCCUUCUCCAUCAGCAGACCUCUUGGGUCUGGGGGCUGCACCCCCUGCCCCCGUGGGCCCCCCACCCUCCUCCGGCGGGCUCCUCGUGGAUGUGUUCUCAGACUCACCCUCCGCGGUCGCACCACUGGCUCCCGGCUCCGAAGACAACUUUGCCAGGUUCGUCUGUAAAAAUAAUGGUGUGCUGUUUGAAAACCAGCUGCUUCAAAUUGGACUGAAGUCUGAAUUCCGGCAGAAUUUGGGUCGGAUGUUUAUAUUUUAUGGAAAUAAGACGUCCACGCAGUUCUUAAAUUUCACUCCAACACUGAUCUGUUCAGAUGACCUUCAGACGAAUCUGAGCUUGCAGACCAAGCCCGUGGACCCAACCGUGGACGGUGGUGCCCAGGUGCAACAGGUUGUGAACAUAGAGUGUGCGUCUGACUUCACGGAGGCGCCAGUUCUCAACAUCCAGUUCAGGUAUGGGGGAACCUUUCAGAAUGUGUCUGUUAAGCUGCCUAUCACACUCAACAAAUUUUUCCAGCCCACAGAAAUGGCUUCUCAGGAUUUCUUUCAGCGUUGGAAGCAGCUGAGCAGUCCCCAACAGGAAGUGCAGAACAUUUUCAAAGCAAAGCAUCCAAUGGACACAGAAAUCACCAAAGCCAAGAUCAUUGGGUUUGGUUCUGCGCUCCUUGAAGACGUUGAUCCUAAUCCUGCAAAUUUCGUGGGGGCUGGCAUCAUACACACCAAAACCACCCAGAUUGGAUGCUUACUGCGUUUGGAGCCAAAUCUACAAGCCCAGAUGUACCGACUCACGCUGCGCACAAGUAAAGAGACCGUCUCUCAGAGGUUGUGUGAAUUGCUGUCAGAACAGUUUUGAUCAACGAGGAUGGAGGAUCAGGCUCCUGUGUGUUGCAUUUUUCUUCAUCUCUGUCAUUUGUCUUCAUUGCCGUGCUGCAAAUAAACAGCCCUGUCUACAGGCGUCUCUCAGC